UCUGUAGUUGAGUGGUCAUUACAUCCCUCAGCAUCCUUUCACCUUACUCUCUUCCAGCGGUCACUGCAUGCACAAAGCUUGCAUUUUAGUAUGAUUUCAGGAAAUAAUUUUUGCAUACUGUAAUUGCACAGCCCACAGUUAUUCAGCUUCAGAAGAUCAGCGCCUCUCAUUUGGCUUGUGGGUUCCCAUGGGCAGUGUGCUGGCCUUGUCAACCCGUCCAGGGCGCCAAAACUCCCCUUUUCCACAAGAUAGACCCUUGUCACGGUGGGAUAGGAGAGAUGGACGGCUACCUAACCCAGGGAGCUUUGACGGUUUGCAUCGCAACUGUAAAGAUGUAUUUCCACAGCAGAUUGAAGGAGUGAAACUGGUGAUCAAUAAGACCCUCAGCAGCUUUUUCAAGGUCAGUCACACAUUUCACCUCAGUGCUGUUGCUCCAUCCAGUUAUCGCUUUCAUGCUGAACACCUACAAUCAGACACUGACAGCAAAGAGACGGGCUCACCCAUGCUUAUUGGGGAAAUGGACUCCUCUGGCAGCUUAAAUGCACACUCUUUGUUCCAUCUUAGUGAGAGAAUAAGAGCUAAAGCAGUAUUUCAGACUCAACAGGCACAGUUUGUCACAUGGCAGUUUGAGACGGAGUAUAGUGGUAGUGACUUCACAGCAGCGGUUACUAUGGCCAACCCCGACAUUCUGAGGGAAUCAGUUAUCAUGGUUGCACACUUUCUCCAAAGCGUAUCCCCACAGCUGGUUCUGGGGGGAGAGCUGGUGUACCAUCGAGGUCGAGCAGAAGAAGGGGGCAUACUCACCCUGGCAGGCCAGUACUCAGGGCCAAAUUGGGUUGCAACACUGAAUGCUGGUAAAGGAGGUGCACAUGCCAGCUACUACCACAGGGCAAAUAAACAGAUUCAGAUGGGAGUGGAGUUUGAGGCAAGCACUAGGACCCAGGAAACAACCUUUUCUUUUGGUUACCAGAUGGAACUUCCUGAAGCUAAAAUGGUCUUCAAAGGAAUGUUGGACAGCCGCUGUAUCAUUGGUGGGGUUCUGGAAAAGCGGCUUUAUCCCCUUCCUGCCACAUUGAUCAUGGGGGCUUUUGUCAACCACAGAGCAGACAAGUUACAGGUCGGUCUUGGGGUCAACGUUGGUUAGAUACUAAACCUAACUUAAAAGAGGCACCGCUUAGGACUGGGGACUUCAGAAACCACCUUCAUGUCUGCCCAAAGACACUGGUCCACCACAGACAAUGGACAGAACAGGCAAGCUAAUCAAAGCCCUCUUUGCCAUACUGGACAAUCAUGCAGUUCAUGGCAAGCAGGAAUGAGGGCUGAAAAAGACCGGGAAUGUGCCCUCUAUGUCGGUUCCAUCCUGUAUGAAGGAUUUUACUUAUAUUGGCCCCAAAGUAACCUGAGAUAAAUAUUCAAAGAUUAUCUUAACUUAAGAAGAUGGCAACUUCUGUAACUGUGGGAGGAGACCACACAAAUGAAUAUAUAGUUUCAGCUUCCUGUGACUUCUCUAUUAAAGAUCAAUUUUUUGUAGCAAACUCCAAAUACAAUUCACUCCUAAAUCAAUGUCAAGCCAAACAUAUAGAAGAUUAGCAAAGAGGUGGGCCAUUUAUCAAGUAUCAUUCCCUCAUUCAAACAAAAACACCCUCUUCUCUGCUUGUUAAGCUAAACCUGAAGACUUCUUGGGGGUCGGUAUAAUGGCAAGUACACACAGAAAAAUAAGGGGCCAGAAUUGUACCUAGGGUGUGUUAGGGUUAGGGUUACAUAUUAGUACCUUAG